GAGAAAGUUAUGAACAGAUGAAUGGUUAUGGAACAAUCACAAAGAAGAAGAAUAAGAUAACAAAGUUUAUGGGUGCCAAUGAACCAGUGGCAGGAGCAAAACCCAAGCUUCUUAUUGGACUUCCAGAGGAUUUCCGUCGUGUAUCGGCCAUUAUUGAUGUUGAUAUUGUUCCCGAGCAACAUCGCCGUGUGAAAUUAAUGAAAAAUGGUUCAGACAAACCUCUCGGAUUUUAUAUCAGAGACGGAACUAGUGUUAGGGUAACUCCACACGGAUUGGAGAAAGUCCCAGGAAUUUUCAUAUCAAGGCUUGUGCCGGGUGGCCUGGCCGAAAGCACUGGACUUUUAGCCGUCAAUGAUGAAGUUCUAGAAGUGAACGGUAUCGAGGUAGCAGGAAAGACUCUAGAUCAAGUGACGGACAUGAUGGUGGCAAACAGUUCGAAUCUGAUCAUCACUGUCAAGCCCGUGAAUCAGCGAUUGACUCUGGCCCCCCACAGAGGGGGUCCCGGGAGACAAUCCCAAAUGUCCCAGGCGUCACAUGCCUCCUCCCAGCACUCCUUCAGUUCCCAGCGGUCAUCCAAGUCCUUCGACAGCGACCAUAUUCCAGACCAGGACGACGAUGAUGACGAAGUACAAGAUCAUUUACUGCCCGCUACGAAGAAGAGCCCCAGCAAUACUGAAGUCGUCACGCUAUAAAGAGAUCCAUUAUUUGUCAUCUGUAUGUUUUUUUUUAAUGUUGGUGUCCAUUAUUUUUCAAUGGAAAAAAUUGUAUUUUCGAAAGUUGAAUAUAAAUAUUUGCAUAUUACCAAGGGAUUACAUUUGUGUAUUUGUAUUUUAAGCGAAUUUUAUGCUAUGUCAUUUUAUUCGUGUACCAGUGUGUAUUUUAAAGUUGGCCCUUUGCACACUUUUUAUAUAUGAGCCAUGUAUUUGUGGUAUUAAGUUAUUCCAUAGUUUUGCAAAUCCUUUAUUUCAGCAGCAAUGCCUUUAUCACUAUGCAAAAUGUAUUCCUGUAUACAUGUAUGUUUUAUUCCGUCUUAGCAACAUUGGUUUGUGUAUGCAUCAUAACAUUUCUCUACCACAUGGAUAUACAGCUUUUAGUGAAAAAAAAUAUCUUUUAUGCUGUAUUUAUUUUUUGGCACUUUUUUUCAAAUGACCAAUGGACUUUUAAGAAAUGAGAAUAUUUUAAUGUUUUGGCUUUUAAUAUUUGUUGAACUCUGUAGAACAGAGGUGAGUUGUGCAUUUGACAAUUUUUUUAGACAUAUCUUGCCUUGAAUGCCUUCAAUAGAUAUUUUCUAGUCCUUUUAGUGCAAGAAGUUAUUAAAUUUUUUUUCUAGCUGAAGUCAUUAUGGUUACUGUAGCAUUUUUAUGUAUUUUAUGGCAUGAAUAUUUGUUUUGAAAUUCCUGCAUAAUUGAUUUUUCAUGAUCAAAUCUCACAUUAUGUUCAUUUUUCUUAAAUCUCUAGUUUAAAAUUCUAAUGUAAGAAGAAAAAACCCAGUUCAAUCACAACAUUACUGAUAACAUAUUUAGAUGAUUUGAAAUGUUGAUAAUGGAAUUCCCUCCAUAUAUAUGAUGUAUAAAAUGAAUAUGAUGAUCAAGUGCUUACAAACUUAGUAAGGAAUGUGUGGGGACCAAGAAAAUGUACAAUUUUAAAUCUAGAUGUAUUAUAUCCACUGAUCAAUGAUAAGUAUUUCCACUUACUACUAAUUUGGACCAAUUAUUUGAUAUAUUUCAAUAUUAUUAUAUAUAAGGAAAUGUUCUGUAAAGUACUGUAAACAAAGUACUGUAAUUAAAGUAGCAAGUCUUUCAUAUUAAUCUAUAAUCAUGAAGUGUAAUCAACAUAAUAUGCAAUAUAGAUCAAGUGUUGGUGUAUAUUUCUGUAUACCAAUUAAAUUUGUGACACAUGAAUCUACUUGGUUUUAAUCAUAUCAUGAGAUUUUAUUGAGGAAAUGAAUUUAGAAUUUAAGGCUAAAUCAUAAUAUGGUAUACCUGUUAUUAGAAUUAUAGGAAUAGAAUUGUUAUUUGCAGCUAAUAGAUACCGUGAAAAGGUUUCUCUACCAUGUUGUAUGACUGAUUUCUCACCAAGGGGAUAUUGUCAAUAAUCUAUAAUUUUGAGAAUUUGUACUAUACAUAUAUAAUAUUGUAAAUAUUUUCUGAUUAUCAUACAUAUGGUAAAUUUCAUUUAAUAUCUAGACAAAUUUGCAUGUAUAAAUAUUGUAUUUAAAGUGUCAAGUGAAAAAUCAGUAUAAUUUCUAUGGAUCUUGCAUUCAUAUUUGUCUUCCAUCACAAGAAACUUUAUUUUUAUUGAUGGGUUUCCAGCUAUACAUUCCUUGAGUGCAUGGAUGGCCUUUGGAACUAUUUUGAAUUUUUUGUAAACAUUAAUUUCUGAUGCUAUAUGGUUGAGUUAUUGAAAGUGUUUGGUCACAAUGGGAAGUCAUAUAUUGAUAAUGAAUAAAAUAAAAAUAGUGCAUCCUUGGUUUAUAAAAGUGUAAAGUUUUAAUAAUGUUAAACCAUUUUGAUUCUCGAAAUUAUGAAAUUUUUGGAAAGGGUCAAGAAAAAAAUCUUAAAAGUUCCAGGGCCCAGAGGGUACUACAUUGGUUGCAUGUCAGUUAUUUGUGUAAUAAAAUGCACCAUUUUGUUAUUACAAGUUGAAAAUGCAAUAUUUGUUGUCGUGUAUAACCAAAAAUUAUUAACAUAAUUAUUGAUAUUGAUUUUAUUAUUAAAUAAUUCUAUAAUAUGAA